AUGAAAUCCACAUCAAAAUCUCGGUCAGAUUUACAGAUGUGAAGGUGUUCUCGGUCCGUUCACUCCCCGGCCCCCCUAUCUCCCUCCCACUCGAUCUCUCUGUUUUAUGUCUGCGUCACAACAAGUCGGUCGAGAGAGAGAGGCAGAGAUGAUGGCGUCUCUCGCGGGUUGAUUCUCAUGCUGCUCUGACAAACACGUUUAAUAACAUCAAUAGGAGGGGGAAAGAGAGGAAAGGGAUGGGAACAUGACGAAACGACGUCGCGGAAGACGGACAGAUAGAGAGACAGACGGACAGACGCCUUUUCACUGACUGGUUGACUGACAUACCCGUUUUGGCACCGACAAACACGUACACAUCCACACUCUCGCACACACAGACACAUAACCGGACAGUAAUUGAGUCGGGGGAAAACAGAGAAGAAAAGGCAUUUCAUGUCAAGCUUGCACGGAAAUCUCUGUGACCCCAACGGAGAGGAGUUCGACUUUACAGGAUGGGGGUAGUGAAUGAAGGAGAUGAUGUUUUAGCAAGAUGGAGUGAUGGACUACUUUACUUGGGCAAUGUUAAAAGAGUGGAUGGAGUCAAACAGUGCUGUUUGGUCCGAUUUGAGGACAAUUCUGAGUUCUGGGUCUUAAGAAAAGACAUCCACUCAUUCUCUGUUGGAGUAGAGGAACUUUGUUGUAUCUGUGAUGGUCCACCUCUAAAAGAACCUCUCAUAAACUGUCUCAAGUGUCGCCAUGGUUACCAUUCACAGUGCCAUACUCCGGAGAUUGAGGCAGAAGCUGACAGCGACUCCUGGAUCUGUCGCCAGUGUGUUUUUGCAGUUGCCACAAGGAGAGGGGGUGCCUUGAAGCGGGGACGCUUCGCCCGACUCAUGCAGUUCAUGAAGCUCCGGCUGCCCUAUCAGCUGUCGUCUCUCGACUGGGACCCCCAGCACCUGACCAAUCAGCAGCAGUGUUACUGCUACUGCGCCGGUCCUGGAGAGUGGAACCUGAAGAUGCUGCAAUGUGGCAGUUGUGGUCAGUGGUUCCAUGAAGCGUGCACACAGUGCUUGACCAAACCCUUGCUCUAUGGAGACAGGUUCUAUCGGUUUCAGUGUUCAGUCUGCACAAAUGGACCCGAGACAAUCCAGAGGCUACCAAUGAGCUGGGUAGACUUGGCCCAUUUGGUCCUUUAUCACCUGUCUCUGUGCUGCAAGAGGAAGUACUUUGAUUUUGACCAUGAAAUCCUGUCUUUUACCAACGAGAACUGGGAGUCUCUUCUACUGGGAGAGCUCUCUGACACGCCGAGGCAAGAUCGAUGCCACAAUCUGCUCAAUGCUCUAAACUCCCACAAAGACAGGUUUGUCUCUGGUAAGGAGAUCAAAAAGAAGAAGUGUCUGUUCGGGCUUCAGGUGCGGGCGCCUCCUCCUCUCUUGUCCGACGCGUCUCCGCUCAUCGCCGAGCCCCCCAUCAACAUCACACACAGGAAAAGCCCCUUGUCACUGCCAUGCCAGCGGAGGGUGGCGGGUCAGGAGUCUCGCAAGUCAAAGCGCCGCAUCAUGGAGACACAGCCUUGUCCACAAGGAGCAGCAGCCAGCCCCAUAGAUCUGGUGCCAUGUUGCCAUGGUUAUGUAGGUGGGACGAACCUCUACAACUCCAGAAAAUCCGAGGAGGAGUUGACGUUGGGUUCCCCUCCGAAGAGAAUGUUUGCCCUCUACCACCCCUCCUACAAUGGCUCUCAGCCCCUGUCCAGAGCCCUGCAUCAUUACAGUGCGGAGGACCCUUGCAGACACCCGCCUCCCUGCCUUCCGUACAACCUCUCACCAUCCCAUCACCAGCCCGGGCAGCGGUUGGACCCGUGUCCCUCACGCUUCCUGCGUGAUGUCACUUCCUUCUCCGGUGGGGUGACAGGGGAAGGGCCGGCGCCCAGGGGUUGGGGAGGGGGGGAGGCCGUGAGGAUCCUCGCCAGACGGAUAACUCCCGAUGGAAAGGUCCAGUACCUCGUGGAGUGGGGCAAUGUGAGCGUGUACUGAGUUAGCGUGAGCAUGUGUGCCCGACUGUGUGUGUGUGUGUGUGUGUUUGUGUGUUUGUCUGUCUGGCUGGCUGUGUGUCUGUGUGUCUGUGUCU